AUGGCGGUGGAGUCCGACAGCGGCAGCCGGGCGGUGCAGCCCGCCGCCACGGGCGGCAGCACGGAGCCCGGGCUCGGGAAGCGCCUCAUGACCGUGCUCCGCGCCGUCUACCACAUGCUGCGCCGGGGCCUCUGCCGCAAGCGCCUCAUGAUGGACCUCCACCUCCUGCUCGGCCGGGGCAAGCUCGCCGGCAAGGCGCUGCGCGACCUCCUCGCCGCCGCGCACCACUCCCACCACCACAUGGUCGCGCCGUCGUCGUCCCGCGCCGGCCGGGCUCCUUCAGCCUCGUCCUCCUCCGCGCUCCCCGCCGCCGCCACCUCGGGCCUCUCGUUCGUCCCGUACGACCCCCGGGACGUGGAGUUCAGCUGCACCACCACGCCGUCCUACUCCUUCGGCAGCGGCGCCGGUCACCCGGGCCCGGCGCGCGCGCUGUUCCCCUUCCUCCGCGGCCGCCGCCGCGCCCGGGGCAGCGGUGGCGCCGGCGGGUGCGACGGGCUCCACUUCGCGCAGGUGGCGCGCGCGCUCGAGAAGAUGCACGCCGCCGACGACGCAGGCGGCGGAUCGGGAUCUGGCUCCGAUCAGCUGGCGCUGUCUUCGCCGUCGCCGUCGGUCGCCGGGGCCACGCCGUCGCCCAUGCUGGCGCUCAGCCUCGGCCGCAGCCCCGCCGGGGCCCGCCGCCUGCGCGUCACCGACUCGCCCUUCCCGGUCGACCCGCCCGAGGGCCUCGACGCCCGCGCCGACUCCACCUUCGACGCCUUCAUCAGCAAGUUCUACGAGACCCUCCGCCUGCAGCAGGCAGACGCCACGCCCGACAACCGCGCGCGCCGCCGCGGCUAG